AUGCUUGAUGUUGAAGAUGAGAAAAUUUCCUCACAAAAGAGAGCAAUCAUAUGGGAUCAAUAUCAAAUCCUUAAAGAAGGUGAAAAGGCUUCUUGCAAUCAUUGCAAGAAUACGCGGAUCAAAAAGAAAUGUCAAAGCAAAAACCCAGGAUUUGAAAUAUUCUGGAACAUUCCUACGAUUACAUGUGGGAAUGAGACAGACAAAGAAAUUCCUCUUUCCCCCUACGGAAUCGUAGCUAAUGAGAAACAAGACUUUUUUGGUUCAAAGAUCAACAUAUUCUACCUGAAUAGGGGUCUGUGGCCACAUUAUGAAAAAAAUGACAUGCUUACAGAGGUCAACGGGGGCAUACCUCAAAGAGGAGAUAUCGAAAAGCAUUUGAACUUUUUUGCCGGAAGUGUGAACAAGUCAAUACCAGACCCUUCGUUUCAUGGUCUAGCCGUGAUCGAUUUCGAAGAAUACUUGCCGAGUCUUAGCCUAUUAUCGGGAGAUCUCAAAGAUUACUACAAGCAAAAAUCAUUGGAAUUCGCUACAGAAAAACACCCAGAAAUAAAAGAUAGCAAUAAGUUGAAUACUAUAAGUGUCAACCUUUUUAACAAGGCUGCCAGACUUUUUUUCGAAUCCACUCUUAAAUUAGGGAUUCAAAUGAGACCCAAUGCUAAAUGGGGGUAUUAUGGAUUUCCUUAUUGUUACAGAGGUCAAUUAGACAAUUUAAAUUGUACCGAUAGCAUGGUCGCAAUGAACAACAAAAAUUUAUGGUUGUACGAAGCCUCCUCCGCACUUUUCCCUACCAUUUAUCUGAGUAACAAACCGUUUCCUAGGGCCAUAGAUGCUGGUAUUUGGAUACAUAAAGUAUACCAAGAGGUUAACAGGCUUCGCAGCAAAUUGGUCGAUAAAUAUUUACCGGCUUACCCUUAUUUCCGGUUCGAGUACCAGGCAGAAGAGGGCGAAAAAUAUGAAAAAUAUCUUCAAAUGAAGGAUUUGAGGUUUUCCUUCAAGCAGGCACUGGAUAUGGGGAUGGAUGGAAUGAUUAUUUGGGCAUCCUCGAAAAAUUUAUCAGCUAAAUGUUCAAACAUCAGCCAUUAUGUGAGAGAUUAUUUAGGCCCCAUAUCGAAUAUUAGCAAACAUUUUGCUAAAAUUUGCAAAAAGGUACUAGUUUGUUGUAACAACUCUAUCGCAACCUCCGAUCAAAAUUCCUCUUUAGUCAAUUACCAACCAAGGGAGAGUAAAUGUGUCAAAAUUGAUUCCGAGAACAUAGAUUAUAUAAAAGAAAUUUUGAAUUCCACUGACGACAUUAAUUUGACCUAUCCCCAAAGUUACGAUAAAAUCAAAACUGAAUACCAAUGCGCUACCUAUUAA